UGCGGCCAGUGACAGUAGAUGAAACCAGGAGACACCUGUCAUGGUUUCGUUUGUCGGCUGCACGACGCAUAAUGAUUAUAGACGUGUUGCGGAGUCGUGACUCGCCUUCAACGACAAUAUUCAAUGUUUGCGUACUUUUGAUCAAUUGCUGUUGGUUACACGUAUCGUUUUUGACGUGCUGUUUUUCAACUUUCAACGCGCCUACGUUUGCGUUGGCUCGGUAUUUAGCAAGAUAACGAACAAUAUCAGUUCAAAGCGUUUUCGUCUCGAGGAUCAGUUGCCGUUGGCUAAUGUUGAUGUAUGAAAGAUUAGCAUACUCGAAGUUUUUUGGCUUUUGGAGUUCGCUGCCCGUGUUUUGACUGAGAGUCUUGGGACGUCAUUACGAGUCAUUAGUUUUUGGAUUCGAGCCGCAUCCGUCGUCACGCUGGAUCUGUUCGCUAAAGUGCAACGGAAAGGCGGAAAGUCUUUCGCGGCGUACAAUAAUCAGUCAAGGAAUAGUUCCUUGGGAAAUUGUGCAGGGACUUACAGAGCUCUUGCUCAGACUGACAACGAGAAUAUGGCGACUAAUAAUAAUGAUGACGGAAAAUUCGCUGGCCAUAAUGCGAAGGACGAGGUUUGCCCAGUGGGUCCUACAAGCGAUCGUGUUUGUAUGAAAUUUAAACUCAUUCACGAAGGAGACAUCCAAGUUUGUCGACUAAAUCAUAGUGGGACUAUAUUGAGCAAAAUACUCAGUUCAAAAUUUCUUCGCAAAUGGGAAUCGCAUCACAUCGUACUGGCAGAUAUUCAAUUGUACUCCAACAUCCCCUCUGGCUUUAUGGAGUACUCGAUUGCAUAUCAAGAUAUUACCGAAGCGCAUGUCAUGGCAAGAUGGGACGCUGGUCAACAUUUCUGUUUUCGAGUUGCCGUACCGGAUGGAUCGUUACUGUUUAAGACAUCCACAGCUUAUCAUCGAGAUCAGUGGCUUCAUUCCUUGAAAUGGAAAGUGCAACUGCUUCGUUACAGGAAAUUGAUAAAUAAGAUCAAUGAUCCUGAAUCAUUGGUUAAAGAGCUGAAGGAGCUUGUUUCGUACUCUUUAUCAUGUCCCAUACAAGACGAAGCCGUCUUUCAAACCCCCUUGAAAAUCGUUUCUACCAUUUUGGCUCAGCACGGAUCUCGAAUAUCGCUAAUUGCUCAGGAGAGCAUUAUAUUGUCAUUAUCGAAACUUCUCGACUAUACACAACUUUCACCAGAAAUAUGCAAGUUCUUUAGCAAGCAUUGUAAAGAUAACUACCACAACAACGCAAUUAUGGAUAUAUUUGCGCCGGCCGUUCAAAGAAUAUUGAAACAUAACAUGCAUUGUGACAUACUACGAGGUGUUUUGCCCGUGACAGGAUUGGAUUUUGGAAAGUACCCGCAUCUUCGAAUGUUUGUUCAGGAUUUCCUCUACGCAAAGUUUUACCAAGGUGGCGAGGAAAAUCCUAGUGCUGUCAAGGAAUUCGUUUCAAGUAUCCAUAGUCCCGCGACUGUAUGUCCACAUCCUCGAGUCUUACCAAAUAUGGUAGCCGUCGUCCUUGCUGGCGUGUACUCGUCCUUCGACAAUAGUAAUAGUAGCAAACUAGAGGAACUUUGGGUUUCAGUAUGUGCGAGCGUCGACAACAACACGGAUCCAAAGUUAUUAAACAGAUACACAAUCAAAAACAUGGCGAUUCGUGAUCGAUUUUCAAAGUGUUAUACGACCGUACUGGAAGCUUUAGCAGAAUUUGACGAUUGGAGACCUUCUCUGGCCACGUUAUUGCAGCCCAUUCCGUUUCCCAAACAGACAUUAAAAGACGCCAUGUUUGUCAAAUGUUUAUCUGUUCUUGUGAAUAAGUUUAUCGAAGACAACAGAUGCGAGGUUCAUCAAACUGUUCUUCCUGUUCGCGAAGGCAAAGAUGGCUGGAUUGAUCUGUUUUGUCCCGGUGGCAUUUGUUGUACGGAUGAUGGCGAAUUUUUCUCCAAAAUGGUCGGUAAGAUAAUGCGUUGUUGUGUGAAUAAGAAAAAAUUUUUAUCAAAGUUAAAGCGAACAAUGUUGGGACCAUUUAUGUUGCUUUCACUGAGGGGAGACAAGAAUUGUAUCGAGGUCUUAGUGAAAAUGUUGGAUGUCGAUGUGUUUUCGAGCGAAGAAGAAAGACUUCAAAUCAUUUCGACUUUGCAAAGUUCAUCGGAAGGAAAGAAGGCGUAUGAAGUUUUGUGUGAAAAGAAAGCGAGAUUCCGUGAAAUGCAAAAUCGUGGUGGUCCUACAAUGCUGACAUUACCAACGAAAUCUACGGAUGAAGAUCUUGCUCGCAUUAUCAAAUCUGGGUCAUUUGGUAAUCUGAAGACACUUAACCUUGCCUUCACUCACGUGACUAGCACGUGUGCCGAAUAUCUUAUCCAAUUACCAACACUAAUUCAUCUCAACUUAUGGUCUACCCACUUUGGUGAUAGUGGUUUACAAAUAUUGGCAGAACAUUUACCUCUGCUGGAGUCAUUGAAUCUGUGCGAGACGCCAGUUACGGAUGUUGGUCUUGCCUCUCUCGUUAUACUCACUAGUCUGAAGAAUCUUAACUUAAAUAGUACUAAAUUAUCACCUGUGAUGUAUGAAAAGUUGAAGAAUAAAUUGCCGGUGUUGGAGGAACUUGAUGUCAGAUAUACCGAUGUAUAAUGUUCUUGUGUUGAAGACGAACAUGAUUUGAGUGUCGCUGCUUUAUGCAUUUAAGCUGGUGAAGAGAAUGUGACGUGUAAUAUGAGUCCUCUCGAACCAGUUCCCUUUUCUCACGACCGUGUUUGUCGUAGGUGUCGUAUAUCUAUUGGGAACUUGGAGAUUUCCCGACAAUUUAUGUCUUUUAAUGUGUACAAAAGGAUGUACAGUGAAUUAUUAUUUAUUGGCAAUCGCACUUUCGAGGAACCAAUCGUUGCAUUCUUGAGCAACAGAAAAUACUUUUUAAUGACAUAGUUCAUAGGAAAAGUCGAAAAUUGAAUGCUAUGGUCAUAUAUGAUCGAAACGUGCAGUUUUAAGAAUUGGCUGGAACAAUUUUGAGUGAUUGCCUGUGCAUUGUCGUCUUUGUUGCUGUAUUAAUUUAUGGUUGUGCGUAUGUGUUUUUCACAGAACUAAUAACUGCAGUUCGUCUCUUCCCACUGGUGAGGUUGAGGCUUGAAUCCCCAAUGAUGUUCAAUGUAUAUAUUUAAAAUGUAAUUUAAAUUGCUGCUAGUAUUUUUAAUAGUUGUCACAAUUAUUGGCACUGUGUAUGUUAGUUGUAUUAUAUAUAGCUACUUGUGUAUUUCGUCAUGUAACAUGGCUUUUUAUUAUGUAAAACUAUGUGAUUUACUCAGUUGAUAUGAUGAGUCAUAUAUUCUAAUAGCAUUUAACUACAUACCUGUAUAACAAAAAAAGGAUAAAACUGUCUUUCUUCAUGUCA